AUGAAAUUCCCAAAGCCACCGCGUGCAGCCCUGCAGCGUCCGCCCCCAGCCCAUUAUGAAUACGAUGCUGAGGCAGCGCGGAGCACUUCAUCCCCCCCGCUAUCUCCGCCGUGCUCUCAGAGCAUUGACGUUGGCAGCAAUAUCUCGUUCGAAGACCGAGGCAGCCAGUUACCACCCGAUGAGAAAUUGCCCGCCGAGAGCCACAGCCGAGAAAAUGAAGGCCAAAAGGAUGGGGACAGCAGCGACAAGAUAACACUCAAACGCCCCCAGCGGCUCAAAAAACACCGAGAAAAACACCGAGAAAAACACCGAGACCGGACUGAGAAAUUAAAAGAAAUAUUGGAACCGAUUCUUGGCUCGGAAAAUGGCGACUCCUGCGUCCUGUUGCUCUGCUGUGGUAGUCCCUCAGCAUGUCGUGUACUACCAGUUCUGAUUCCGAUCUCAACCAUGGCGACAGACUAUGUCGGCCAGUGGAGUCUAAUCAAAGAUUCUUGGAACACUUUCCAUAAGAGCUGGAGACACCGACUUCCUUUUUACGGUGUUAAGCAGGUCUCAUUAGCCUCGGUAUCACUACUAGCACAGGUCGGGUCGAACAGUUCGAACAGAUUCGGUGAUGGACAUUCACAAUUCCUCGGUGCUUGUACGCCAGAAGACUUGGAAGUCCAGAUGCAGCAACAACAAGCCAUCAUUGAUCAAGUGCCAGACAGGGCAUUCACUUGUUAUUAUGAUCCGCACGAUGGAAUAUUCAAACAUCAUCAAGAGUGCGACGACGACAGAGAAGACCACUAUACGGUUUUAGAGGCAUAUGGGUCGCCUUACGAAUGUCCCUUUGAGAAUUUUGGAAAGGCAAAGAGAAAGCUAUUACAGCUGUCCAGGAGAAGAUCAUUCCUCACCUUGGCCUUCCACCGUCCCGAAGUGAGCGAGGCGAAUGAUCUCAUUCCAAAAAACCGAUUUUACUCACACUUAGAAGUACUAAAACUCUUCGACGAAUGGGGAUGUCCUUCGCUUUAUGAAUUGCCCUUUCGGGGGUUAAUCGUCGAGGAAGGGUGGCUUCUCUCAUCUCAAUCUAUCUUCCUUGUCUGCGUUGGCGGCAUAUUCAUGCUUGCGGCGCCAUUGAGGUUCAUAUUUGGAGGCUGGGAUGCUGCCUGGGGAGCUGCCAGUUGCCUUCUGACCUUAGCCAUGUUUGGAUAUCAAUAUACCAAGGAUCAGCGCGGGCUCAAGGCAGCAUGUAGAUAG